AUGCGUCGAACUUGAGCUUGCUUUCUUGGUCUUAAUUUUAGCCCGUUCAUCGAGUAUUUUUCAUUCAUUUCAAUUCAGCCGUUCGAAGUGAGCAGUUGGUGUUAACAACGUUUCGGACAGCGCAAGUGUUUUGUUUAAAAAAAAAAUAAAGAAAAAAAAUAUAUAGCAAGAGCCGAGCAAGCAGCAACAACAAAUUGUGUGCAUACAUACAUAUAUACGAAUACAUACAUAUAUAAUAAAAGUGCUGUGUAGUGGAACGUACAAAUACAAAUACAAAUUCACGCAUACUGUUUGCACACGGAAUGCUCGGCUGCUAGUAAAAUUCCACUCUGAAACGAAGGAAGUUGUGUAUCAAUAAAAUAAAUAUUUAAUACAAAAUUAAUAAAAGUGCGAAACGUGUAAAUCGCUGCCGUGUGACAGAAACCCAAAUCACGUUUUUCGACAAUCAUUAUUCUCUCUUUGUGGUACUCCUUGGUGCUGUUUGUGCGUCAGUGUGUGUGUUUGUGCUUCGCAGAGAGCAAAAAUAAAACGAGACGUGAGUGUAAAGCAAUUUCAAGGUUUCCAGCAGAGCAGCAUCAGUAUCAGCAGUAGUAAAGAGAAAUAACGCGGGGGAUUAAAGUUAACACGUUCGGGGCAGAAGAGACUAGUCAUACAUAAUUAAAUAUUGUAGUUGUCCUACAAGUGUUGUUUAAUUCUCCCAGAGAUAAACGUACGGUAUAUAAGUAGAUAUUUACUUAUUUACAUAUUCACGCACAUACAUUGUGUGUGUGUGUGUGCGUAUAAGUAAGGCCUUAUCGCACCCGUUGUUCGUUAUCGGCACUGUCACCUUUGAUAAGCGUACAAACAACAGACAUCACUAAACAGUCAAAACUCACAAGAAUUUAAACAUAAUUAAAUAAGUUAUGUUAUGCUACAGAUAAAUCAAUUAAGUGUGUCGCAGGGGUGCAAAGAGUAUUGGAUAUUCAAGUGUGAUACAAAUUGUAAUACAUAUUAACAAUCAACAAUCAACGACAAUUUACAUUAUUCAAUUCUUGGAAUAUUUACAUUGAGCAAGUUAUUAUUGUACUUGUGUAAUACAAAUAAAAGUGAACCCACCAGAAAAUACCAACAAAGCAAGCAAAAAUAAUUGUAAUUCGCCGCAACUGAACUGAACUGAAUUCGCCGUAGCCGACAGCCGACAACCUGUUUGCUGUCAUAAAUUCGUGCGCUCGUUCGCCGGCGUUUCUCUCUGCCUUUUCUGCAUUGACGUAGAGAGCAAAAACACCUUCCACCAUUCCACCGCAAUUGCAAGCAACGUCGACGCAGCAGCUGCAGGAGAGGAAAGAGCAACACAAAGCAGACAUCGCAAUUUUGCCCAGGAUCGGCGCCUCUCACAACCACAAUCACAACCACAGCAGUAGCAGAAGCAGCAGCAGCAUCGCCAGCAGCGGAAACAGCAACCACAAUAUGGAACCCUAUUGGAGCGAGGCAAAUGGACAUGCCGCACAUCCGGUUAAGUAUGAGAGCCAAGCGACAACUUGGGGUACAAUAAUGGCUGACUCUUUUCGGGGAUCAACUCUCGGAUUACCAACUGUAAUGUAAGACAGUCACAGAGAUUGAGAAAGAGAAAGUGAGAGUGAGUGAGAGAGCGCGAGCGAGGAGCGACAGACUGAUUUGAUUAAUACUUUUAUUUUAUUUUCAAUAUUACAGCUUAGGUUAUUCUAUUAUUUUUAAUAUUUUUACUAUGAAACAAAAUAAAGCAUUGCCCAUAAAAAAAACAAUGAUAAAACACAUAACUACAUAUUUAGAUUAAGUUAUUAUUUUUAAGUUAGCUUAAGUUAUGCGCCUUAUAAAUGCAUUACUAAAACAAUGAUUGAUAUGAUACAAAAAAAAAAAAAAAAACAAACAAAAAACUUGACAAACUAUUGAACAAGAUUUGGACUUAUUUGUGUUUCUUAUCCUUCCCACUUCUUUUUGCAUAUGAAACAAAACGCAUACGAAUUAUAGCGAAGCAGCUGUCUCCAGUUUUCCUUAUUGCACAGAAUCUAGUUUAAAUUUUUCAACAUCGGCAACGGCAUACAGCGAGGACGAUGCUGAAUAUGCCACCGGAAGACGUAAUAAAACAUCGAGGGUAAAUAUUACAAUUUUAGAGCGACAAAACCAAAUCGCGUAAACAACUAAUCGAACUCGAAAACAAGAUCAAAGGAUCAAAAGAGAGAGCGCCUGAGUUGAUAACUGAUUCGGUUACCAAUUACCAAUUACCAGUUAACGGUGACUGGCAAUGGCAAGCGAUGUCGAUGACCACGCCCACAAUUACGUACACACGCCCACACGCCUACACACAGAACGCUCAACUUCCACGGCCAGCAGCCCGAGAUGUCGCCGCUUUUGACCCUUUUUUAUUGUACGCCAGAAGAGCAUGAGCUAAGAUUAUCCAAUCGAAAAAUACACACUAUGAACCAAAUGCAAAAUUUAAUAAAGAGAAAAAAAAAAACAAAGAAAAGAAAAGCUAAUCACUGGCCAGAAUCAUUAUUUAGCAUAAUGGUCCAUGAACUUUUACUUAAUAGUUGCUAUUUGCUAACGACGAUCCGCUUUAAUCGAGUCUCUUUUUGUUUUCCGAUUCUACAGCAAGAUCCAUUGUCGCAUCGCAUUAUUGAGAAGCGUCGCCGUGAUCGCAUGAACUCCUGCCUGGCAGAUUUGUCCCGCCUCAUACCACCGCAGUAUCAGCGCAAGGGGCGUGGCCGGAUCGAGAAGACCGAAAUCAUUGAGAUGGCCAUUCGACACUUGAAGCACUUGCAGAGUGAAUGCCUGCAAAAGGAGACCGAGUAUCGCAGCGGCUACAUGGACUGCAUGAAGGAGGCGGCUAAGUUUCUAUACGAUAGCCAAAUGCAAGAAUUCUGCUAUCGCCUCUUGGCCCGUCUGCAGGAGCAUAUCGACGAAGUGUUCAAGGCUGACUGUUACAAGUCCACCCGCAGCUGCCACAUGCCGGACAAUGUAAGCGCUUCGAGUGGCAGUCCCCACCAGGCGUAUCAUCCGCCGUUGUGCCACCUGCGUGAUAUGCUGGGCGCCUCCGAUGUGGAGCAUAGCAACGAUCACAAUGAUGUCAAGGAUCUGAGUUUCCGCAAUCAUCUCAAUCAGUUGCAGCGCAGUCAGCAGGCUGCCGCGGCAGCCGCAGUUGCAGCUGCUGCUGGAAGCAACAUUAACGGCUCCUCCAAUGCCAGCAUUGAGCGCCAGAGUCCAAGCAAGCAUGUGGUGGGCAAUGGGAAUGUCAAUGGCAUUGCUGGUGAUAAUGUACCCACCAAUUCAACGGGCUCCAACACUGCCAGCAGCAAUGCGGCAAGCUCAACGACCUCGACAACCACAUGCCAUACCCUGGCCAAGGCGUCUGUCGCUUCCGCUGCCGCUGCCGUUGCCGUUGCUGCCCAUCAGCAGCCGCAUCAGGCGCCAGUGAUAACAUCGACGGCGCCGCAUCAUCACACGGAUAGCAGCCAGCAUGAUUUUGAUUCAUCGCGCGAGCCGAUUCUGCAUACGGAUACCUCGAACAUGCACUCGCCCCCGCCACGGGAUGCACUUUUGCAUCCGCAUUCGCAUCUGGCCCACAAUCCUCAUACCACGGAUAGUCUGUUGUCUGUGCGCAUGCGCAACUAUUCGGAGUCCUCGCAUGAGAUUGAGCACAACAAUAACUACAAGUACAAGAACCACAUCAAGGAGCGUUUCGUGCAUGAGCUGCACGACGAGGAAACGAGUAGCGAACACGCGCCACAUCUGCAGAACGAUCACUCGCAUUUGCAUGCACUCUCCGAUCACUCUAAGGAUGGCACCGAAUUGGAAAUAGCGCCCAUCAUGGCAAAGAAACGCAAACUAGCCGAGGCAGCGGCGGCGGCGGCGGCAGCGGCAGCUUGCAAUGGCAAUUUGCCCUUGGAUGUGCACAGCGAGGCGAGCAACACGAAUCCGCCACGUCCGAUGGUGUUGGUGCGCGACGACAAGCCCUCGUUUAAUUUCAGUGACAUCAAGGACAUCAAGUCGGAGCUGCACAACAGCAACUCCAAUUCCAGUCCGCUGCUGGCCAAGCUAAGUGCUGCCGGCGCCCAAUUAAGCACGCCCAGCAGCACAACAGCUCCGCUUCCACCGCGUCAUUCGUUUACCGUGCCGAUCUUUGCGUUGCAUUGCCAAGGCAACUAUUAUGUGCCACUUAAUGUGGACUAUAAUGCACUGGUGCCAUAUCUCAACGGUGUCGAUUUGCUCGAGAAAAGCUACACAAGCAUGCCCGUGGUACAUCCCAUCAAUAUAAACGUCAACUUUAUGGCCAGCUCAACGUCGGCUUCGCUGCUGGCAGCAGCCGCUGCCGCAGCCGCUGUUGCUGCAGGAAAGCAACAGAACGUGGUUGCCACAACUGCCACAACGCUGGGUGGCAGCUCGGCAGCUGCUCAAGAUCUGCUAAGAUCCGCUGCAGCCGUGACCAAGGCCAAGCUGGAGCAGGCAAUCAGCAACAGCUGGUGAAGAGCUUCAGAAAACAGAACAGAACGGAAGAGAACAAUUCUACCUCACUACUUCUGUGAAUGAUCAUCAAAUGAUUGAUUCCAAAUACUGUGCAAAAAGCGAGUGAAAUGUACUUGGCUGCACCAUAUACAUAUAUAUACAUAUAAUAUAGAUGUAUUACUGUAAGAAUAAGACAGUUUAACUGAAGUACAGUCGGAACUGGACGUUGUCUUCAAGACACGCUGUUUAUUAUUGAUUAUUUCUGAACAAAACUUGUCUACAUACACGUACAUAUAUCUACAUUAUUUAUUUUGUUCUUACAUAUGUAUGAAUUUUAAUUAGGGAGUUAAUUAUUAAUUUGAGAAUUCAAUGUGCUCUUUGCGAAUGUUAAACAGCUAAACAGUGUAAAUAAAUACAAUAUUUUAUAUAAAUGUCUAUAAGAAAUGUACACCUUGAUGUAUGUUGCCAAGAAUCCAGCCCACGUUAACAAAUCAAAUGUAUAACAAUUUCAACCAAUUGUGAAUUAAAUGUAUUUUUAGAUGUUUAAUAUUUUUUUGCAACUAAAUUAAGAGUUGUGGUUUCAAAUUUGACUCCAAGUGCGCGUUUUAAAUAUACUUACAUAUAUACAUAAACCACUAGUCAACUAAAUAUAAAAGAUGAAUAACAGUUGAAUGCGAAAGGAAAUUGAAAAACAAAUGUUAUGUGUAUAUAUAUAUUUUAAU